AUGCCGAAUCUCAAGCGACUUUACCUCUGCGUGCUAGCUUGCACUUCCUCUCUCGUAUGCGGGCUCGCUUUACCCAGCGCCGCGGGCGCGAACCGCGAGCCGGCCCUGCCGCGGGCGGAGGUGGUGGCGCGGAACUUCGCCGACGGCGCGGCGCUGCGCAUCAUGCCGCUCGGCGCGUCCAUCACGUAUGGAUAUGGGUCGAGCGACGGCAACGGGUACCGCGAGGCGCUGCGGGACCGGGUGGCGGCGCGAGGCAACGCCGUCAACAUGGUGGGCACGAACCACGCCGGCAACAUGCCAGACAACGACAACGAGGGCUGGAAGAGCUAUACUGUCGCCAUGGUCCACGGCAAGGCCGACGCCUCCGUGCCGGGCAUCCGCCCUAACCUCGUCCUUGUCAAUGUCGGCACCAACGACUGCCUCCACGGUGAGGACCUGCUCCGCGCUGGCGACCGCGUCGCGAGCCUCCUCAGCGACAUUUUCACCCAAUCCCCCCGCGCCACCGUCAUCCUGUCCACCCUGGUCGCGAACCGUGACCCCCAGGUCGCCGAGCGCGUCACAGACUUCAACGCCCAGCUAAGGACCGUCAGCGACACGCUCCGGAGCGCUGGGCAGCGACUGGUCCUCGUCGACAUGCAGGGCCCUGCCGGUCCGACGCUCGACGACCUGAGCAGUGACGGCACGCACCCCAACGACGUCGGGUACCUGAAGAUGGCUGAUGUCUGGUUCGGAGGCAUCGAAGAGGCGGAUCGGCAGCACUAUCUGUUGACCCCGGAGCCCGUGUAG